GGCCCCCCAAACUGCUCUGCACCUCCGAUCCUUCCCAAGCUCCAAGCGUAACAACCACUUAAUUCCAUGGCCAAGGUGCACCCCAACGCCGUCGUGCCAGAGCCCGCCACCACCAGCAGUAGCAGUGGCAGUGGCAGAGCGGCGGUGUCACCGGCCGAGGAUCAAGAGCCCACGGUGCUGACGGUCUGGCGCAAGUCGCUGCUCUUCAACUGCGACGGCUUCACCGUCUUCGACGCCAGGGGCAACCUCGCCUUCCGCGUCGACUGCUAUGCCGCCUCCCGCAGGCGCGCCGAGGUCGUGCUCAUGGACGUGGCCGGCAAGCCGCUCCUCACCAUCCGGCGCAAGAAGCUGAGCCUGGCGGAGCACUGGGUCAUCUACGACGGCGACGCCGCAGCAGCAGCAAAAGCCAAUCCUCUCCUCUCCGUCCGCCGCCACGUCAGCCUCGGCGCCUCCAAGGCGCUGGCGCGCAUCACGCCCCUCGCCUCCAGCAUCUCCGCCGAGGCGUACGUGGUGGAGGGCUCCUACGGCCGGCGGGCCUGCGCGGUGCGCGACGCGCGCGGGGAAGCUCUGGCGGAGGUGCGGCGCAAGGAGUCCGUGGGGAACGAUGUCUUCAAGCUGGUGGCUGACCCUCGUCUCGGUGCGCCGCUGGCCAUGGGCCUCGUCAUCGCCCUCGACGAGAUGUUCGGUGGCGCCGGCGCAUCGGCGUGGUGGCUGCUGCGCCGGACCUGGUCGGCGUAGGAACCAGGAAAGCCACAUCAGGCCCAAGUCUCCACUCUACUGUGCACACCUCUACAUGCAGGUGAAGGAGAAAAGUUCAGAGGCCCGGGACCCAGCUGUCAGCGUCAGCAGAGUUUGCAAUGCAAGCUGCAGCUGGGUCUAGCUUCUAGCGUGCCGUAUCAGAUUCAGAUGUGAUUGGUACGCAGCUUACCAUAUAGUAGUAGCAGACAAGUAUAGAGUUUCUUAAAAAAAACUAGUACAGAGCUAGAUUGCAGAUGAAAUUUUGCUGAGGAGCAACUGUACCCUGCCUGUUACUCCAUAACUCAGGCAUCUAAACGAUCAUUGUGGGAUCGGGAUCCUCUGUAGUAAAGCUAUAGUAGAGUAUAUUAGGAUGACUUUGGAGCAGUUGAUUUUGAGACAAUACACGCACAGUA